UCCAAGGUAAACCUUUGAAUAUAGAACAACCUUGUGCAAGAAUAUAGAAUGGUUGGUUUGUGAUAAGUUAACCUACCUACUGUGAUAUUGUGUUUUUUUAAAGAGUGGGAAUUCCUUGUUUUUGUGUUUCAGUUUAUAAGUUUUUUAGGAUGCCUUCUUUACCGCCUAUACCAAAUUUAAAUGUAAAAGUUGUAUUUUUAAUCCAUUUUAUAUUUAUGUCCCUGAGCUUGAUGGGACGUUGGCAUCCCCAGUCGUAUUUAUUCUAUAAUUGCCUGUUUAUUUUACUCUUAAUAUCGAGUAUAUUAAACACACAGAGGCAAGAGCAUCUUCAGCUGGCGAUAGUCGUCAAUGCAACUUCUAUAUUAUUGGAUAUUUUGUUGCUCGUAAUGUGUUUUCCAACUUCUGACUAUGCCCGUGAUAGGUUUUCGGCAGCUAUGGCUAUUUUUCACUUAAUUAUUAGACCAUUUUCUAUAUACAUUUUAGUUGCAAACUUAGAGGAGAGAGGAGGCAAUACUGCCAAUAUUUCAAAUAUGUUUACCGAAACUAGAUCUGAAUCAUAUGAAGAUCUUGACCGGCCUUCGACGCAAGGAACGGCUCAGGCUGGUGGCCACAACUAUGCUACCGCUCAACCACUUUAAUUAAAUUGAUCUGUUAAUGAUUUUUAUUGUAUUGUAUUGCACUUUGUAAAUAGCUGUAAGAUUUUACAAUGCAAGAAAAACUAAUCUAAUUGUGCCUGAGGUGUGAUUAAAUGAAUUAGAGGUA